AGCCAAAUGUCCGCCGCAUCCUUGCUUGUUUGCCAUAGUCCUCGUCGUCCUCGUCGUCCUCGUCGUCGCCCUGGUGGAACAAUUACAUGGUUUUGCCUAAUGAAUUUAUCUGCUCAUCAGCAUCUCCACAGAGUUGCAUGCAUGGCCCCGGCACUGCCACCCACCGUAUUGGGGGAAGGAGGAUAGUGUGUGUCUGUGUGUCUGGGUGGUUUGUGUGCUGCCUCUGCCUGGCAUCAUUGUAAAUAUUAUGUAGAUUUCCCUAUACGAGUUAUGUUCAUUUGCCGGCGUUUAGCAUGCUGCUAUCCACAGUGCCUAGGCGGAGUUUCAUAUAAGGAAAACCACUGCCACCGCCCACGCGUAAGUGUUUGUAAAUCAGUGAUGGCUAGGAGUUCGAUUUGGAUGGAAUAUAAGAUGUCUUCAAGUUACGAUCGCGCCGUUACCAUUUUCUCCCCUGACGGACAUUUGCUGCAGGUGGAAUAUGCCCAAGAGGCCGUCCGCAAGGGCUCCACGGCGGUUGGUGUUCGCGGCGGCUCCUGUGUGGUGCUGGCCGUGGAGAAAAGGUCUGUGCCCAAGCUGCAGGAGGAUCGCACAGUGCGCAAGAUUUUACUGCUCGACCAGCACAUUAUCAUGACCUUUUCGGGCCUCACCGCCGAUGCGCGCGUUCUCAUUAAUCGUGCCCAAGUGGAGUGCCAGACCCAUCGUCUUCAUGUCGAGGAUCAAGUCACUGUGGAGUACAUCACGCGUUACAUUGCUCAGAUGAAGCAGAAGUACACGCAGAGCAAUGGUCGCCGUCCCUUUGGUAUUUCUUGUCUGAUUGGCGGCUUCGAUGGCGAUGGCUCGCCACAUUUAUUCAAAACGGAGCCUUCUGGUAUUUUCUAUGAAUACAAGGCAAAUGCCACGGGUCGCUCGGCCAGGACUGUGAUGGAAUUCUUCGAGAAGAAUUAUCGCGAGGAAGAUGUGAUCACGGAGCAAAGUGCCGUCAAACUGGCCAUUCGCGCUUUGCUCGAGGUGGCGCAGACAAACCAGAACAACUUGGAGGUGGCCAUCAUGGGGUUCAGCAAGCCGCUGAAAAUGCUGGACCGGAAUGCCAUCCUGGAAUAUGUGAAAAUCAUCGAGAAGGACAAGGAAGAUGCGCUCGCAAUGAAAAAGCAGAAAAAUUAAUACACAACCAACUCUUUCCAAAUUCAUAACCUUUGCAAAAAAUUCCACUAUCAUUAAACGAAUAUAAAACAUAUUUUCGUAGGGAUUUCUUUAAGACACUCGAAUAGAAUAUAGUUAUCUCAGUUUUGGUUAGAAGAAAAAUAAUUGUACAAAGAACUAGUUCAGUGAAUAUCAAAAGGAAAACCAAUUUAAUUAAUUGAAAAAUAUAUUUUUAAACUAUUA